CGGAGCGGGCCGGGCCGGGCCGGGCACCGGCGGUGGCAGCGGGGCAGGAGCGGGGUAGGAGCGGAAGUAUCGCUCAAGAAAACGCUCUUCAAAAGUGGAAAGAGCCCCUGCUACAAUGAUGAACGCCGAUAUGGACGCUGUUGAGGCUGAGAAUCAGGUGGAAUUAGAAGAGAAAACACGGCUUAUUAAUCAAGUUUUGGAACUGCAGCACACACUUGAAGAUCUCUCAGCACGAGUAGAUGCUGUUAAGGAAGAAAACUUGAAACUGAAAUCAGAAAACCAAGUUCUUGGACAGUAUAUAGAAAAUCUGAUGUCAGCAUCUAGUGUUUUCCAAACAACUGACACAAAAAGCAAAAGGAAGUAAGGGUUGACUCAGAUUAUGUCAUUGUAUUGCUGCUGGUUUUUUUGUUUUAACUGGCAUAGGCUACAUAAGCUAAAAUACUUUAGUUUGUGGCUUACUGGAUUCUCUUAAGAUUAUAAACUUUGGUAAUAAACAGAAUUAAGAGCAUUAUCAUGAACAGGAAACAGAAGUUUGUGUAUUAAGAUUAAGCAAUGUGCAAAUGUAGUGUAGAUAAUUACAAUUUUUUUGCAUUUGUUUUAAAAAUGACAGUAUCUUGUUAAAAGCAGAUUAGUUUGUCAGGUUAAACAAAGGUCUGUUGGCACUCUGAGGUCUUAGGGUAGACUUCUCAACUAGCCAAGUAACAGUUACAAUAUUGUGUUGAAACCCUGUUUGAUAAAAAUAUUCAGAGUUUAUUGCAUCACUUUCUUUUCACCUGAGAUGUGUUUACUGUGUAGUACUGUUCAUAGCUCUGCAAAACAAAAACCUAUAAACCAGUUAAGCAUUUCUGUGAAGUAGGAACAGUUUGACAUUGUUUGCAGGGCUUGCAUACAGAAAAACAGCUCAGUUUUCUUUGGGAAGGGGGAGGGUAAGAGGAGGAACAAGGGUAAGCAACUUAAUCAGGGAAAUACCAAACUGAUGCAGUAUCAGAUGUAAUAUGUACACUUGAAGCCAUUGCUACUUUCCCAUUUUCCUGAAGAAUGACCAGGCACAUCAUCACAAUGCAUGAUUUUCCUGAAGUUUUCCUGUUGUGUGAUGAAGAGUUAAGUAAAACCCUGAGUGAUAAACUUUCCAAAAGAGGUCAGCAAUGCUCCUCCUGCUCAUGAACAAACUGAGAACAAGUCUUUCCUCCCCACCUUUUACUUUCCUCCUGAAGUGCCAAACUUGUCUUUGCUUCAGGCCUCAGAGCAGCUGUUUUCCUGCCUCGCAGCCUAAGCUUAAAAACAUCUAAAGCAGAAGGAUGUAAUGCAACAAAGAUGGAUUUUUGCCUCUCAAAACUGUGCUGCUCUGAGCAAUGCCUGGUGACAAGCUGCUGUUUUAUCCUGGAUUGGAUGUUAGGUUUUGUAGGGGAGCUCAGCCCAGAUUAUGGGUCUGAGCACUUCCCACAGAGGCAGCAUGUCCAGCAUAAUCAGUAUUAAGGGGGAGCAGAAGCUGAAACAAACAAGUAUGUGAAUUUUAGCAGUACUUGGUUGCAUCUGUUUCAUCUUUCCCUACAGCAGCACUGCAGACUUACUUGUGGACGUUAGCUAGGAUGGAGUUCUCGCUUCAGUAAUGAAGCCAUGUUACUUGACGUUUUAAAAGGAAACCACUAGUACAAGGAUCUCUCUCAAGCAUGGUGUGAAUGAGUCAGUGUAAUAGAAUAAUAAAUCCCUCUCAAAUCCCAAGUUUCUUAGCAGCUAGGUACUGCUGUGUCUCAAGUGUAAGUUGACAUUGUGAGGUCCUCCCGUCCCAAAGGUGAGGUUUUCCAUUUCUCCCCAUUUAAAAUGGUCACAAUGCCCACUGCAGGCAAAAGACUGCAAACAAAGCACUACCAGUACAGUCUUGAGGGCUGUUUACAAGUCUGGGUCAAGAAACCCAAUGAUGAAAAAUGGAUGAUACCAUUUGUGUCAGGGGGUCCUUGUCAACAUCUAAAAUCAAAUUUAAUCUUCUAUGGACUACUUUCUCACAUUACUGGAACUCUAAAUUAAUCCAAGAAUUUCUAGCAGCUAGAGUAGAUUGCAUGGCUAGAGCAGAGCCUGAGCAUUAAAGGAAAAACAAUCACAGCAAGCACUUGACUUCUGAAGAUUGCAUUCCAUUACAGCAUCAUAGCUUUAAAGCCAUGUCACUGCUGUCUCCAUCUGCACUGUAGGUCACCUGGUAACACAGCAUGCGCUUGUUAGACUUCAGCAAUUCCCAAGAUAAGGUAAUUUUAAAAUCAUGGUUUUGUAUUGUAGAUUGGUAGUGGUAUUUUAUCCAUCAGUGUGUAUACAGCAGUUAUUUCUUCUCCAUGCCAUUUUACUUCCCACUACUGUGGCCUUCAUUUAACUUAUGGACAUUUUAAAGAUGUUGUAUUUCUGACUUUACACCAAAUAAAAACUUUUCAUUUGUCUCAA